CUGGCCCAAGUUUCUUUGCUUGCCCAAACCUCUCUCAAACCCGUUUGAUUCGACAUCAGUCCAUCUUAACUCAUCUUGCACUCGUUUCGUCAAUUCUCUACGCCUGCUGAUCGACGUCAUCCUCCGCCGCCUUCCCCAGAGUAUCGCCUCGCAUCGAGAGGUUCAGCCACCAUGGGUGUCCUGCUACGUCGAGAUUGCCGGGAGACAUAUAAUGGCUAUGUCUGCGAUGGCAAUAGCUGGUACGAUUGGGGUCGAUGGAUCGCCUUCGCUGUCAUUGUUGGAGUAGCUUUACUUGUCUUUUUCCUCUUCGCUUGUUUCAAUGCUCGCCGUCGGCGCAGACAAGGCCUUCGUCCUCAUCCCGGCACCGCAUGGCUCGCGGGGCCUCCGCCGACCUUUCAGCAAUCGCAGCAACAGCAACAGCCUGGACAACCGUACUACGCAGACCCCUACUACCAGCCUGCCCCGCCGCCACAAUACUCUCCUCAUCCUCAGUAUGGCUACUUCGGGGGCCAGCAGCAAACGGGCAUUGAACUGCAACAGCCACAGAAUGCCUACCACAAUGGUGGCGAACGUGUAUAUCAACCCCCGCCGGGUCCUCCUCCGGCCUCCAAGGUCUAAUCUCACCUGCCUUUGCUUUCCAACCAACGAAAUGAAACACUAUGUCUAUUCUCAAGGAGUCUCUUGAUCGGCCGUUGAAAUAAUCGUCCAGUCG